GGGAAUCGCGAUUCUCGACACAUGAUAGUAGGAGAGAAAGGAACGGAAGGGCACAACAAACAGCUUUAGCAAAUUCGGUGUUCACUACUAAAUUUUGGCACAUCGUCCGCCGUUCCCCUCCGUUCGUCAUCUCCCCUACUAUGGUAUGGGGCUGUGGAAAAACUCAAAGAUACUAUAGACAAGUCUAUGAUAAAAAAACAACCCCCCCCCCUUCACUGUGACCCAGAGCUCUAAGAAAGUCCCACUUUACAGGAACCACACUUGACCAACCCUACAAUACACAGCGCACACGAUAUUACCACAAUAUCAUACCAUGUCCUUAACCGCAUUCACACAUGCACAAUGUUAGGAACCCCCAUCCCAAAACUCCCGAAUUCCCAAGAACCGAGUGAUCCGCAUGACCCAUCUAAUCAGAUAAUCGACUAACCGCUAAACCAAACCCACCAAAAAUUUCGAUUCGACGAAAAUAGAAAGACGAACCAAGCCCCACCAACCCCCAACCACCAACCACCGCUACCAACCAACCAGCCAAGCAACCAUGAUAACAAAAUACCUGACCACCGUGAGCGUCGCCUUCAACCCCUUCUCCAAAGCUGGUCGCACGGCGCGCAUAUUCAUGGCCCUGCUGGGACCAUAUACGCGCGAGACCAUGAAGAUUAAGACUACCGUGCUCAAUAGGGAUAGCGAGGUUGGGGGGAGGGUUGAGGUUCGGUUUAGUAUGUUAUGUUUCCUUCUAUUUCCCCAUGUGGGCGCUAAGUUAGGGGGGGGGGGGGGGUAUCGAAUAGAGGAUGGGAAAGAGUUUCAGAUGGAUACUUCAAAAAUGACGAUUGCAGAUAUUGUGGAGGAGGUAGAUCGGCAUUCGAGGAGUUUGAAGAGGGCGGAUGAUCUGUCGGGGUAGGGGCUUGCUGUGAGGCGGGUUCUAUAUUACGGGCUUGGGCUGGAGUUUAGUGGUGUCGGUGUUCGCUAUAAAGAUGAUGGGAAUUAUGGGGAUGGGGCGUUGGGCGAGAGAUCCGUCCGGACGGUCGAGACAAUAUGGGAGAGAUUUCUACAAAGGAGCUCAAGGCAGGAUAUCCUAAAGCAGCACUAAUAAUACAUAAAUCCUCUGGCCUCCUACUCCACUCUGCCCCCGCCUAA